AGAUGGCGACGACUUAAACCGUAUAUCGGCGUGAACUAGUUUAUCGACGUCGUCGUCCGCCUCUCGUGAGGCUCCGGUGUUGUUUCGCGGUUCUUCGGAACCAGACCAAUCCUCCCAGGUGGAUACAGGUGCUGUGGGCGGUACCGGACAGUCUGCGGCUCUUGUUUCUUUCUCCCCCCCCCUCCCGACCGCCCGCGACCCUCCGGUGACAGCGAGGUGCGAACGGACGCUAUGGACACCGGAGAGUUCAUCUCCACCAUGGAGAACAUGGACCCGACUUUGGCCGAGUUGGGGGACGAGUUCACCCUGGGAGACAUCGACGAGAUGCUGCAGUUUGUCAGUAACCAGGUGGGCGACUUCCCCGACCUGUUUGAGGAUCAGAUGGCCUCAGCGGGCUCGGUGCCGAGCGCCGCCGCCGCUCCGCGCCCGGCCGUUCAGACCCCUCCGGCCCCCAAGACGCCAGCCCCCGCCGUGUACCAGAGCGCCGCCGUCAGCCUCGUCGUCCCGCAGACGCUGUCUCCCCGGUCGAUGCCCCUCACCCCUCCCCUCACGCCCACACAGACCUACUCCCCAGCGGCCGUAACCACGGUGCAGCAGCAGGUUGCUCCUCCUCCUCCUCCACCUCCUCCUCCGCAGCACCGCAGCCCGCCGCUCCUCCAGCCACGGCCUCAGGUGGUGCAGCCCAUCCAGCCUCAGCCACAACACACGGCCCAGCCCGCCAUCCAGAUGCACACCCAGGGCAUCGCCAUGCAGACCCAAAUUCCGGUCCACACGCUGGUUCAGACCCACAGCCAGACGGGCAUACCCAUCCAGACCCAAGCGGGCCAAACUGUGAUGAUCGCCUCCAACGGCGGACAGUCCCAUUUCAUCCAGAGCCCCGUCAUCUGCCACCAGAGCCCCGGCUCCGGUUUCCAAGUCCUCCAGCCUCAGAUGCAGAGCAUCAUGACGUCACAGCAGCUCCAGCCGAUGACCAUCCAGCACCAGCGUGUUCUGACCCCGACCUGCCAGACCAUCCAGACCCUCUCGGCGCCCACCACAGUCCACGCUAUGCAGCAAGUUCCUGUCCUUGUCCAGCAGCCUCAGAUCCUGAAGACCGAUUCGCUGGUUCUCGCAACGCUGAAACCCGACGGCACGCAGGUGCUGUCCACCAUGCAGAGCCCCAACGGGAUCACCACCCUGACGACGCCCAUCCAGAACACAGCCCUCUACCGUACUGCGACCGAUUUCCAUCCCCAGACGCUGAUGAGCAGCAACAUCCUGACCACCCUGCCCAUGAUGCUGGGCGGAGGAGACAAACUGCCCAUCAAGCAGCUGCAGCCAGGCUCUCACUGCACGAACGUGGCCAGGUCGAGCAUGGAUCAGUGCCAGAUGAUGGGGGGGAUAAUAGGCCCGGGAGGAGUGGUGAAGGAGGGCGAGAGGAAGACGACGCACAACAUCAUCGAGAAGCGGUAUCGCUCCUCCAUCAACGACAAGAUCGUGCAGCUCAGAGACCUGGUCAUGGGCAACGACGCCAAGAUACACAAGUCGGGGGUGCUGAAGAAGGCCAUUGACUACAUCAAAUACCUGCAGCAAGUCAACAAUAAACUGCGGCAGGAGAACAUGGCCCUGAAGAUGGGCAACCAGAAGAACAAGCCGGUGAUCCUGUCUGAAGACGUGGAGCUGAAAGAGGAAGUAGUGAUGAUGUCUCCUCCGGCCUCGGACUCUGGGUCUAGUUCCCCUGCCCAGUUCUCUCCGUACUGCGUGGACUCGGAGCCGGGCAGCCCCUUGCUGGACCACGAGCAGAUGAAGAUCGAGCCGGAUUCUCCGUCCUCGGUCGGCGUGAUGGAUCGCUCCCGGCUGCUCCUCUGCGCCCUGACCUUCUUCUGCCUGUCCUUGAACCCGCUGCCGUCGUUGUUGGGCUCCGAGUCGCCGGGGAGCCCGAGCCUGGCCGCGGGCCACGGCCCGUCGAGGACGCUCGCCUGGUUCCCAAUUCACACGCAGGACUUUGCUUCCUGGCUGCGAUGCCUGUUGCCGUGGGUGAUGGUGUGGGUGCUGAGCGGGGUGGGGGCGGUGUGGGGCUGCGUCAGGGUGCUCUACCUGUGGGAGCCCGUCACGGCGCUUCACUCACCAAAGUCUGUGUCGUUCUGGAGGCAUCGGAAACAAGCCGACCUGCAGCUCAACAGGGGUGAUUACACGGCGGCGAUGGCCAGUCUAGAGACCUGCCUGUCCGUCUUGACGCGACUGCUUCCCUCCACCACUCUGGACCUCGUCUGCUCGCUGUCCUGGAAUCUCAUUCGCUACAUCCUUCACCGGCCAACUCCUCUGGGUUGGCUGGUUCAUCAGGUCCGGGGACAGCACGAGGGGGAGGAGGCCCGGACGAGCGCCAAGGACGCGGCGCUGGUUUACCACCGGCUGAGCCAGCUGCAGCUCACAGGAAAGCUGCCUCAGCGUAGCAGCCUGUGGGCUUUAUCCGUGUCUCUGAGCGCCGUCAACCUCAGCCAGAGCGCCCAAGGCAAGAUGGCCCCCGCCCAGUUUACGCAGAUCUACGUCACUGCGGCGAUGGCCCUGCGCACCGUGCUGGGCCACCACCUCUCCUGUCUGCCCGGUUACCUGUUGAGCUGCGCAGAGAGUGUGGCCAACCAAUCGGAGACCAAGCCCAUCCCCGACUGCCUGCGCUGGCUCUUCACCCCGCUGGGCAGGCAGUUCUUCCUGAGCUGUGAUUGGUCGGUGAAGUCGGAGAGCAGCGACGGGGUGUACACGUCACAGAGAGACCCGACUGACCCCAUUGCCCAGCUGCACCGCUGUUUCUGCAGGAAGCUUCUCGAGCGAGCCGUCCACACCCUCAUCCAGCCUCAGAGCGGCUCCGAAGCGGGCAAACGCCACGGCGACUCCGGGGAGUACUCCAGCGCCCUGGAGUUCCUCCAGUUGUUAAACAGCUGCACAGAGGAGUCUCCAUCCCCUCCUCCUCCCUUCUCGACUCCUCCAAAUCACACCACCACUCCAGUGGGAGACCCGGUGAGUCGCUGGUGGGCUUUGGUGCUGAAGGCCACCGUGCAUUGGCUGCAGGGCGACGACGUCGCCGUGAGGUCGCUGUUGGCGGAGGCGGAGCGCAUGCCGAGGGCGCUCCACAUGCUCGACCACCCUCUGCCCAAGGCCGUGCUGCUGCUCUGCAAGGCGGUCCAGAUGAGCCUGCCCCCUCUGAAGGGGGAGGGGGAGAUGGCCUACCUGUCCCACUGCGACCGAGCCAGCGGCUACCUGCGCUCCAGCAUCUCGGUGCCCGUCGCCCAGACUGGGAACUGGCUGAACAAGGGGGUGGAGCUCCUGAUCUGUGACCUUCUGCUGACCUUGAGGACCAGUUUGUGGCAGCGGGGAGGCAGCAGCAACGGAGAGCCCGGCCCGGCCCCUGGGCCCCAGUUAGCUGGUUUCCAGAGGGACCUCAGCGCGCUCCGAAAGCUCACGCAGUGCUACAGACAGGCGCAACACAAGGUGUUCCUCCAUGAGACCACAGUGAGGCUGAUGGCUGGAGCCAGCCCCACGAGGACACACCAGCUGUUGGAGCACAACCUCCGACGCAGGACGCACAACUCCUUCACGGCUGAAGGCGAGUGUGUCCUGGGUGAGAGGGAGAGGGCUCACGCCAUCCUGCUGGCCUGCCGCCACCUGCCCAUGCCCCUGCUAACCCCGCCCGGGCAUCGCGCCCGCCUGCUGGCCGAGGCCAAGCGCACCCUGGAGCGGGUGGGAGACCGUCGUUCCCUACAAGACUAUCAGCAGAUCCUGCUGCGCAUCAGCGGGGGCACAACCAUCGCUGCCUCCUGAACACACACACACACACACAUUAGGGCUACUCACAAUUCAACAAACUCCGUAAUUUGCUAUCGUACACACAAAGAUAUAAACCGGGCUUCUCAUCCAACAACAUGUCAGACUUUUCUCACCCAGACUUCAAGCUGUCUCUGUAUCCACACUGCAGGCUCAACCUUAGCUCCUCUUUGAUGCUUAGUCUCAUUGUCGCAGCACAAUCACGCCACCUUGUGGUCAUCGCGGGUACCAUGCUGGCUGGCUUCCUGCCUCCUUUUUAACACACAAGGAAAAAUCAGGUUUAAUAGGCCCCAAAGGAAAAAAGGGACCGUUAUGUAGCAGCUGUUCAAAGUAAUGCGACGCAGCAGCGCUUAGAUCAGCUGUAGGAAACCGAGCUGUACAAUCAUUACUGCACACGGCGAUGUGAGUGCUGCAAUAACUGUAACGUCUCAUUGAGCUCCCGCGCAUCAACCGAUGGGCGACGGAGAGUCUGAGAGGAGGCCGCCGAGGUCUGUUGAGCGCUGUAGGAUGCAGACGGAGAGACAAGCUCGCUGGUCAACACGCAGCGCUCAGUCUCUUCUCAUCUACCUCACACACGGUGCGAUGCCAGCAUUCAACGGUGGAGCGAAAUUCGGCUGCUUGUCCUGCUUCGUACUGUCAAACGAGAAAGAGGUCGGAUUAGCAGACACACACACAGAUGCUUCUACUUAUUAUUCCAUAUUAAAUGAAUUGCAUUCAAGCUCACAAUAUGAUUGUAUAUAGGCUGUACAUAGGCAGACAGAAGUAGAUUAAACAAGAAGUCCUGAUUUAUGCUUGAGAGGACACACACAUAUACAUACAUUGAAGAAACAGCCGUAUCGUGUCACAGUCGUAACGGUUUCCUUUCGGAAGCUUUCACCAGGAGAGCAACAUCAGCAGCAUCGCACUCUCUAAGUGAUACUCCAACCAAAUAGAAAAGCAUCCGAACAUCCAUAAACAUCGUACCAGCCGCCCUCGGAGCCCAGAGGCAGCGGGUGUCGACCUCCAGAUGUCGGCUGGCGUAUCACUCGGGGAAACAUCGGCGUGGAAAAGGGGGGCUGAACACGGAAGAUUGGUAUUUCUUAGAAGUGACGUCCACCUGUGAUGUAACGCUCUAAAGCAAAAUGGCCUUGAGGUGAUGUAAAGAAUUAUUUUAUUAUUUUUCUUCACAUGCGGUUAGAUGGAGGAGGAGUUGUGUCUUUGUGAGUUCUUUGUCCAGGUCGCUUUUUUUAUUUGUAAUUGCACUUCUGUCAUUCCUGUUGUCUGUGCUCUGGUUUUCUUAUUUAAAGGUUAUGCAAUAUUAAUACAAACGCUUUAGCGACAGCUCCGUCAUUGUUUUAUAUUGAUAAAAACAUCCUGGGAUCAGAAACGGAAUCUCUAAAAGGAAGAUUUAUUUUGUUGUUGACUGCAUUUAAACAAUUAGCCUGAGAUUUUGGACUCCCUCUUUCUUUGCUGUUUUUUUUAGAAUACAGGCAAACGCACACGACUGCUCUUAGAAGUCUGUCUUCCAGGUCAACCCGAGGUGUAAAUUAGCAGCCUAGUCCUGAAUAAACUGUUUUCAGUGUAGAUUAUUUUUCCUGACUGGCGAAAGUGUGCAAAUAGGAAAGCAGUGCUUGCACAGGAGUUUUUGCUAUCGUUAUAAUUGUUACAAUCGUUUACAUUAGUUUUUUGGUCUUUCCCCUUUGAUGUGUUUUUAUUGUCUGUGUUUAAUUGUGAUGUUUGUUUUGUAAUAAAACAACACGUGACAGUGUGUGUGAUCUUU